AUGAACGAGCCCGUCCCAGUGGUCAAAAACCUGGAAGACUUGUACCCAAAAGAUGCUCUCGAGUCCCAAAGGGCACGCUUUGAACAUCUCAAAAUUCGAUUCUCAGAGCUAUAUGGACGGUCUCCCCAGUUCAUUGCUCGCAGCCCAGGCCGCGUCAAUCUCAUUGGAGAGCACAUCGACUACUCGCUCUAUGAGGUCCUUCCCAUGGCCAUAGCCGCAGAUGUGCUCAUUGCAGUCUCCCCAGUACCGAGAAAAAAUCAAGAAGAAGUGAAGGUUCAAGUUGAAAAUCUCAACCCUCACAAAUUCAAAUCGGGCGAGUUUUCGGUACAGAAAGAUGGAAACGUCGAGAUUGAUGCUUCCACACUUCAAUGGACUAACUACUUCAAAGCCGGGUUCAGCGGCGCCGUCGACCUUCUUCGAAAACAGAAUUCCUGUUUCUCUUCAUGUGGAAUGCAAGUCCUUAUUGACGGCACUGUGCCAGCGGGCGGUGGGCUAUCAAGUAGCGCUGCUUUCGUCUGCGCAAGUGCUUUAGCAACUCUGCGGGCCAAUGGCUCGGACAAAGUCCCCAAAAAGGAAUUGGUGGAACUUGCCAUUGUAUCGGAGCGGUCCGUCGGAGUAAAUUCUGGAGGCAUGGAUCAAGCAGCGUCUGUAUUCUCCGUUCGAGGUGAUGCAGUCAGCAUCUCAUUUUCGCCCGAGUUGUAUGCCGAGGCGCUACCGUUUCCCAAAACUGACCCUCCAAUAACUUUCAUGAUCGCCCAAAGUUUUAUUGCUGCAGAUAAACAUGUUGCAGCUCCUGAACAGUAUAAUCUGCGUGUCGUCGAAUGCACGCUUGCAGCAGAGGUCUUGGCCGCCAAACUACGAUUGAAGCUCAAGACCGACUCUGGGCCCUUGGGCAGUAGUCUUCGUGGUUUCCAAAAUGCUUACUACGAGUCCGAGAAAGCGGAUCAGCGUUCCAGUGCUGAAGAACAGAUCGGAGUAAUGCUCUCGCUUAUAGACAAGCUUCUCGACAACUCUGAAGGCUAUACUCGUGAAGAGAUUGCCUCCACUCUAUCUAUGUCAGUCGAGGCUCUUGAGCGAAGAUUCAUGACCAAGUUUCCCAUCCGUGCCGAGCGUUUCCAUCUUGGGCUACGAGCGCGUCACGUCUUCACUGAGGCUCUCCGCGUACAGGCUUUCAAACAGCUACUGCUAAACCCACCCGCUGAUGCUGAUACCGUUUUGCUUCCAAGAUUGGGCGAUAUACUUAAUGAAAGUCACACUUCCAGCCGAGAUGUGUACGUUCACAGCUGUCCCGAGAUCGAUGAGAUGUGCGAAAUUGCGAGAGAGGCCGGGUCGUACGGUGGCCGAGUCACCGGAGCAGGCUGGGGUGGAUGUUCUGUGCAUUUGGUGCCAAAGGAUAGGGUUGAGGCUAUCGAGGCAGCUUGGGAAGAGAAGUACUACCGGAGAAGGGAACCCGAUAUUACAAAAGAGAAGCUAGCUGAGGCGGUGGUGGUAAGUGAGCCAGGACAUGGCUCUAUGAUCAUUGACUUAUCGUGA